GGAACUAAGAAAGUACCUACGUACCCUACUCAGCGCAGCUUCCUGGACAGGCUGCACACCAGCCGCGUAUUGAUUGUAGCUUCUUGAGCUUCAUCCACAUUUACAUACCUAGGGUAGUUACCUAGUACUUCUUCCUCUUACAAAAGAAACAAACAACACCUCACUUACUGACCAAAAUCAUAUCCGAACGGAAGGAAACAAAAUUUACCAGAGCACAGAAGUCAUAAACAAUAUCAUGAACGUCGACACUAUCGCCGACUUCCUCGCCGACCAGCGGGACGAGACCCCGGACGAACUUCAAUACCUCAUUAUUCAGUUCGAGAACUAUUGGGAGCGCAAGCUGUGGCAUCAGCUUACUGACGCUUUAAUCGAAUUCUUCGCCAAUCCCAAGAGCGAACCUCAGCGACUCAAGUUCUACAAGGUCUUCAUAUUAAAGUUUGCUGACAAGAUCAACCAACUGAAGCUUGUCGACCUUGGACUCAAGGCUGCUACCCAAUGUAAAGAUGACCAAGAACGUCUUGACUUCCUCCUUGACCUCGCCAAGAAAGUCGAUAACGAAAACUCCCAAGAUGCAUUCGUAUACGCUACUGUCGCCGUCUCCCGUGUCGAGCUCGACCUGCACAACCUUGAGGCUGCACGUGUAGAUCUCGAUAAGGCCGAGUCAAUCUUGGACUCCUUUGACAGUGUCGAGACCAAGGUGCACGCUGCCUUCUACCAGGUAAACGCCGACUACUAUCAGGCCAAGGCCGACUUCGCUUCGUACUAUCGAAAUGCCCUCCUCUACCUCGCCUGCAUUGAGUUGUCCUCUCUAUCCCCCGACGAGCGCAAGGCCCGGGCUUACGACCUGGGUAUCGCCGCCCUCGUUUCCGACUCCAUCUACAACUUUGGCGAGCUACUACAGCACCCUAUUCUCGCUGCCCUGACUGGUGAUGUCGCCUGGUUACAGGAGCUGCUUCUAGCCUUUAACCGGGGCGACCUAGCCGCUUACGAUAUGCUCUCGGGCCACAUUUCGACGAACCCAUUACUGAAGGAACACGUCGAGGAUAUCCGACAGAAGAUCUACCUAGCGGCACUGACAGAAAGUGUAUUUCGUCGGCCACCGCACCAGCGCGCCAUGAGUUUCAACACUAUUUCUGCUGAUACCAAAGUGCGCAAGGAUGAGAUCGAACACUUGGUCAUGAAGGCUUUAAGUCUGGGACUGGUAAGAGGUACGAUCGACGAGGUGGAUGAGCUUGUCAAUUUCACAUGGGUCCAGCCCCGUAUUCUCGACAUGACGCAGAUCGCUAGCAUGAGCCAGCGUCUCGGCGAAUGGGGCGAGAAUGUGAAUAAGCUGGGCAACUGGAUUGAGGCUACGGGGCAGGAUAUCUGGGCUCCUUGAGCUUAAGUGUGUCUGUCCAUUUGCAAUACUCAUUUGAACACUUUUCUAAGUGGAAAAGUGUUGUCGAAUUGCAUGCAUGAAUAUACGCCACAGGCAGAAACUUCGACAAGGAAGUGUCCACAUCCCUUGCCCCCUUGCCUCUCUCUCCGAGAGGCAAAAAUGGAGAGACAGAUGAGAGGCCAACAAAUAGCCUUGUAUGAUAGUCCAUACUAAUAGACACACGUCCUUGGAGGCAAGAAGACAAAAACAUUAUUAGUAUUACUGCUAUCACCGCGGUGCUUAGGUGCUUAGGUGCUUAGUGGCUAGUGCAAAUUAUAGUCGUAGUAUGUAAC